CCGGGGCCCGGCAGGCCGGCCGUCCAUCCCGGGGGCCGGCCGGCCGGCCGUCCGUCCGCCCGUCCCUCCGGAGGCCGCUGCCUUUCCCAUGCAACAAAGAGCGCCCUGAGCGUCGAGCGUGUUGCCCAGCGCGGGAGCCAGCGGGCCUCCGCGCCGGCUGCGGCCCACCCACCCACCCACCCAGCGACCCGGGCCCGCAGGGCCAGCGGAGGACCGGCCAUGGCGAGGAAGAGGGAGCCCCCGAGCCUCUACGGUGAACCAAGGAAAUUUGAUCCGAAGUUCAGAGGUCCUAUUCACAACAGGCAUUGCACAGAUGUUCUCUGCUGUAUAAUCUUCAUAGUGGUCAUUCUUGGCUACAUCGUAUUAGGAAUUGUGGCCUGGGUCCAUGGUGACCCCAGAAAAGUGGCUUACCCAACCGACAGCUAUGGACAGUUCUGUGGCCAGAAAGAAACUCCAAAUGAGAACAAGACUAUUUUAUUUUAUUUUAACAUUCUGAAAUGUGCCAGUCCCAUAGUGCUAAUAAACCUACAGUGCCCUACCACACAGCUCUGUGUCUCCAAGUGCCCAGACAGGUUUGCAACCUACAUAGACAUGCAAGCUUCGUACAGAUACAAUAAAAGCUACUGGGAAUACUACAGGCAGUUCUGCAAGCCUGGUUUUAAUAAGCCUUGGAAGUCUGUUGCACAAGUUCUACGGGAUGAAGAUUGCCCAUCGAUGAUCAUUCCAAGCAGGCCUUUUCUAAAGAGAUGUUUCCCUGACUUCUCAACAAAAAAUGGUGUUUUAACAGUAGCAAAUCGGACAACAUUCAAAGAUGGAAAGGGAAAAACAAGGAAUGUCACAGAUCUCAGGGAAGCCGCCAAUGGUAUCAAUAAUGUCCUUGAUGCGAGGUCGGUUGGAAUGAAAAUUUUCGAAGAUUAUGCGAGUUCUUGGCAUUGGAUAUUAAUAGGCCUGUUUAUUGCCAUGAUUGUUAGUUUGCUGUUCCUCGUCCUCUUGAGGUUCACGGCUGGUGUGCUUUUCUGGAUCUUCAUCUUUGGUGUGAUUGGAAUCAUAGGAUAUGGAAUCUGGCAUUGUUACUGGGAGUACAGCCACCUUUGGGGAAAACCUGGAUCUGACCUCACAAUCUAUGACAUUGGAUUUCAAACCGAUUUCAGAGUUUACCUUCAACUGAGGCAAACAUGGCUAGGAUUUAUGAUAUUACUUUGCAUCGUUGAAGUCAUCAUCAUCCUGAUGCUCAUCUUUCUGAGAAAUCGUAUCCGGAUCGCCAUUGCACUGCUGAAAGAGGGGAGUAGGGCCAUUGGAUACAUCAUGACUGCGUUAUUCUAUCCAAUUAUUACUUUCAUUCUCAUUGCAAUCUGCAUCUCCUACUGGGCAGUGACGGCGGUUUUCUUGGCUACAUCAGGAGAACCUGUAUAUAAGGUCAUGGCCAAUCAGUGCAAAUACGCAAAUCUGACCUGCAAUCCUGAGACUUUUAAUACAACAAACGUGACGAAGCUCUGUGCAGGAGCUCAGUGUACUUUUGCUUUCUACGGGGGAGAAAGCCUGUAUCACAGAUACAUUUUCAUCUUCCAGCUCUGCAAUGCCUUUGUCUUUCUGUGGCUGGUGAACUUCGCAAUUGCAUUGGGUCAGUGUACCCUUGCUGGUGCCUUUGCCUCUUAUUAUUGGGCCUUUAAAAAGCCUGUUGACAUGCCACCGUGUCCACUCUUUUCUUCAUUUGGACGAGCCAUACGCUAUCAUACAGGUUCCCUAGCAUUUGGAUCUUUAAUUCUUGCAAUCGUUCAAAUGAUUAGAGUUGUCCUGGAGUACUUGGACCAUAAACUUAAAGGUACCCAGAAUUCCUUCACUAAGUUCCUGCUGUGCUGCCUCAAAUGCUGUUUCUGGUGUUUGGAAAGGUUCAUAAAGUUUAUAAACAGAAAUGCCUAUAUCAUGAUUGCUAUAUAUGGUAAAAACUUCUGCACCUCAGCAAAGGAUGCUUUUUUUCUCUUGAUGAGGAAUGUCGUGAGAGUUGCCGUACUGGACAAAGUUACUGACUUCUUGUUAUUCCUGGGGAAGAUUCUUGUCGCUGGCAGUGUGGGUGUCCUAGCCUUCUUCUUCUUCACACGUAGAAUACCAUUAUUCACACAAGAAGCACCGUCAUUAAAUUAUUACUGGGUACCUCUGCUAACCGUCAUUAUUGGAUCUUACCUAGUUGCACAUGGGUUCUUCAGCGUCUAUGCAAUGUGUGUUGAUACCCUUUUCCUCUGUUUCUGUGAAGAUCUGGAAAGGAAUGAUGGAUCUGCAGCCAAACCCUACUUCAUGUCCCCUAAUCUGCACCGAAUUCUGGGCAAGAAGGAUCUGAGCCCCAAGAAGGCAAUUGGAUAAACUAGAAAAGCUUCCAACAGUGUCACGUUUUAAGUAGGACUUUUGUAAGCUAGGACAACUAAGCUUUGUAAAUGAUGCUUCUAAUUCAUGGGCAGCAUUUUGGCUUGUUUUUCCUCACUGGUGGGUAAUGCCAACCAAGUAGAAAAUAGUCCGAUGCCAGGAGCAGUUGUAAGGAGAAGUCCCAUUUUGAGGCGGUGGUCCCUCUGGAAGAGCAAGAUGUAAAUGUGAAGCGUUUUUUUAAAUCUAUAGCUGAUAGUGUUUUAAUAACUUUUAUAACUCCGUUGGCUGUUUCCCAUUACAGCACUUUUGAUAACAUUUCUUUUUAUAAAUGUAUAUUUGUAAAGGAUAUUCAGGCAAUUUUUGAAAGCACUGCAAAUGUAUAACCAAUUAGCCAUAAAAAGAUUGAUUUAUAGUGAACCAGCAGAUGGUACUAAAUUUGUAAAUAUGGUGCUAUGGUUGUAUUUAUACUGUAUAAGCUGACUGACAGCUCUUCAAACUGUGAUUAAACAUGUAUUAAUGGUUCCCUAGGAAAUACAUUUCAAUAUCCAAAUAAGUUACCCACCUCCAUUCUAAACAUGUACACUUCAGAUGCAGGUUCCCAGAGGGCAAAAUCCGGGAUUCAGGUUACAUUAGAACCUGCUCAGAGCGAAUCCCUGCUCAGCGAAACUCUGUUUAUAGCAAAGCAAAAAGGGAGGCCUCUUUUGUGGUCCUUGUGUCUCACACCACUGCUUUGAGAGUUGGAGUGAAGGCAAAAAGGAAUCGAACGCUUCUGCAGAAGAGUUUCCCUGGGCGUAAACCCCGAUUCCAAGCUGAAUUAUCACCAACACAGUUUUCCUUACUCCACCAGGCAUCAUGUUUAUCUUUUCCCAGGAGACCCAAGGUGUUUUCUCAUUAACACAUCUGAUUUCUUCGAUGUGAUAGUUCUGUAGUUCUGUCCUGCAUUGUACUGAGAUGGAUUUCAAGUCUAAGCUUUGGAAAGAGAAGCAGAAAAUGAAAUGUUUGGCCUUCCUCUUCUUCUCGCUUCUGACCACCUUCCCUACACCCUCCUCCCCCUACCUCCCAAGACUAUGGACCAUUGGCUCUGAAUCAGGUCUGCACUCUUCCAGUUUAUCCUUUCCCUCCCUGCCAUAGGGUUUGCUCUUGGGAAGCGUCCCCUCCUUCGAGGACCCUCUGGGACCGAUGGCUUGGGGCGAGAAACCACACCUGAAUCUUUUGCAUGGCAGUGCAAAGCAUGGAUUGGAGUCCACCAGUCUAACCCUAACCUUUUCCUUUUGUGUGAGUGUGUGUGUGUGUGUGUGUGUGUGUGUGUGUGUGUGUGUGUGUAUGUGUGUGUUGUGGGGAGGAGGUUUUUUUGCAGUGGAGGGGAGAACGGGGGGACAUGGCUGCCCAUGCAAACAUGGAAUUCAACUAGAAGCGUUAAGCUCACUAGCAUUCUCUUUAUUUUUUCCCUAAACUUAUUGAUGCGUGUAUUGUAGAUGUCAACAAAAAAAGGUACGCAGUAUUCUGGAUGUUGGGGAAUGGUUCUAUUUCCCAGGCAAAGCUUCUUCCAGGAAGAUAACCGGAAUUGCAUUGCUUUGGUAGUGUAAUGGCCCAUUUAGGGGUUACUGGAGGGCAGUGGGGCAUGAAACCUCCUCCUCCAGGCAAACAGGGCCUUAAAGGCUUCCAGGCCAUCCAGGCUUCCUGAAUGGUUGUGCUUUCUCUUCCAUUUCUCCAGACAGUGAAUGCUGAAUUGGGCAAUCUGUAGCCAUUCCUCUCUGGGAGCCUCAUCACCAUCUUGGGCUGUCACGUACAUGGCAGUUGGGGUUUGAGAUCAGGAUGGGUGAACUUCAGGCUACUUCCAUUAGUUUCUUCCUGGACUGUCAGCUCUUUACUGGUGGCUUCUCUCAUGGUAAUGAAGUGAUCCCUUUCCCUUUUUCCAUCAGGUUGAGAGGUAGAAAGGAGGAUCUCUCCACUCCAUAUCUGACUGGGAGAUUUUACUGUUCAAUAACAUUGGGGUGAACCUAUCUGAGUCCCUUCCCUUAGAGGCAGUAUGGCCUCAUGGAAAGAGCACGGGAGUCAGGAGACCUGGCUUCUAAUCUGGCUCUGCCAGUUGUCUGC